AUGAAAGGCAAGGUGGGGAUGAUGGUGAACUUCACCUACAGCUACCUGAGUGCUCAGCUGGAGAUGAACGUGUGGAUCCCACGGCUGCCCCUCCAGAUCGAGGUGUCUGACACAGAGCUCAGCCAGAUCAAGGGGUGGAGAGUGCCCAUCAUCACCACCAAGAGGUACAGUAGGAAGAGUCUCGAGGAGAAGGAGGAGGAUAAGAAGGGCAAAGGCUGCAUGUUACAGUUCCAGCAUGCCCUGGUGCGUGUGAUCACACACUUCAUAGCCGAGCAGUCGGACCCCCGGGAGCCACAGGCCUACUUCCUGGGCUCAGACUGGCAGGUGGACGUUACCAGGCUGGUGCGUUACUUCCUCAAGGUGGAGGACCCUCGCAUCGCCAGACUGCAGGCAGGCAGGGUGCUGUCAGGACGAGACGUGGGGAGCACCUCCAUCCAGGUGUUCUCCCCCAUGUCUGACUCGAUCCUGGCAGAGAAGACUGUGACGGUGGUAGAUGACAAAGUGACCAUCACAGAGCUGGGGGUGCAGCUGGUCACUGGCCUGGCUCUGUCCCUGCAGCUCAGCCCAGGAAGCAACAGGGCCAUCCUCGCCACGGCAACCACACAGGAAGUACUGCAGAGCCCCAAACAGGAGGCUGUGGUUAGUUCCUGGGUCCAAUUCAGCGAUGACUCCAUGACCCCUCUGGACAUCUAUGACCCUGCCUACUACCGUGUGACGGUGACCUCUCUGGAUGAGGGCGUGGUGUCGGUGCAGAGCUCCCCUCUUGCAGUGGUGGCAGAGGGUGAGGGACAGGGAGUACUGGUCAGGGUUGAGAUGGCCAUCUGCGAGGCCUGCCAGAAGUCCAAACGGAAGAGCACCCUUGCCGUGGGCAGUGGCAGCCUCAAGGUCAAGUUCCAGGUCAACAGCCGGCGCUUUGACAGCAGCAACAGCAGCAGCAGUAGUGGAGGUGGAGGUGGGGUUGGCAGUGGCAGAAGUAAGGACAGCAGCAGUGACUAUGGGAAUGAUGGGGAGGAGGUGGACAGUGAAAGGAAGCAGCAGAAGCCCCAGCAGACCCUGCCCAGUAGCUCUGCCUCUGAGCGGGAGGAGAGUGCCAUGCGCAAGGUCACCACCACCGCCAAAUCCACCGAGCGUGACUCCGUUCCAGGCGUUUCCAGUGAUGGAAACCGCCAAGGCGGUGUAGGCGGAGUCAUUGAAACAGGACGUUUCUUAAAUGCUGGAACCCUCAACAGCCCUGCCAGCCCUAUCAAUGACAGUGAUUAUAGCAGCCCUAGUGACUAUAGGACAGCUGAAGGGACAGACAGUGGGCUAGUUGAAGAUAUAGGCAGUGUUGCAGUCAGUAGCACUGUGAAAGCACCUGGUAACCUGGUCAACUACAAUAACUUCCCCUCUCAGGAGGAGGUGCCUGACCAGGAGCCAAUGGGGGUGGACAUGGGCAGCGAGGACAUGCUAUCCAACCGGCCUCUCUCAGACCUGGAGAUUGGCAUGUACGCCCUGCUGGGGGUCUUCUGUCUGGCCAUUCUGGUCUUCCUGGUGAACUGCAUCUCCUAUGUGGUAAAGUUCAGGCACAAACAGCCCCCCUCUCAUGGCCAAGAGCCCACGGAGCACAGGCACGACUGGGUGUGGCUGGGCACGGACGCUGAGCUGGUGAUGAACGUGCCUGGCAGUCCUCCCCAGCAAGACAACCACAGCGCCACCACAGUCAUAGACAUUGGGUCUGAUAAGACUGCCUCUCUGCCCAGGCGACCCAGCUGCCUAGUUUCCUCCAGCCCCUCCUCUCCUCUGGGCUGUGGGGGCUCCCUCAGGGCCAAGCCCAUGAACCGCAACGAGUCCAUCCAUUCGCCCACCAGCAAGAGGAAGAGGGUCCAGUUCACCACCUUUGCCUCUCUGGACCGUCAGCACUCCCCACACCCCCCCAGAGAGAACGGCCAUGGGAUCCACUGGGUGGGGAAGGAGGAGAACUGUGUUGAACCCCAAGUGCCCAUCACAGAGCCCGUGGACCAUUUAUAA